AUGGACCACAUCGACGAGGAAUAUGACCGGCUCGUUGAACACCUUCGCGACUGCGCGAAGAAGGCUGAGUGUUCUAAAACCACCAAGAGACGCCUGUCUCUUGAAACUCUUGAGCUGAUACGCCAGCGUGGAGCAGCACGAGCCGCAGGGAACCAAGAACUCACGUCCGUGCUCGCAAGGUUUUGCAGAGAGGCGAUAAAGGAAGACCUUAAAGAGAGAAGAGCAGAAGUGCCUGCUGAAACUGCAGAGGUGGGGAAAAGCAUCCGCUAUGCCCGUCGAGACUUCCCCUGUCGCAAGACAAGGAUGACUGCUCUCCGAAACCCGAAGGGAACAACCAUUGCAUCGAGAAGGGGGAUGGAGAAAAUCAUCCACGACUUCUACUCCGAUCUCUUCGACAGCCAUGUCCACUUGCCUCCUCACCAUCUGAGGGAAGACGGACAUGUCAUUCCAGAGGUUCUCCCGUCCGAAAUACGACAUGCUAUCAUGUCGGUACGAAAUCGUACGGCACCCGGUCCCGACAGAAUAAGACCAAAACAACUGAAGAACCUUCCGCCAGUACUCAUCAACACCUGGCGAGGCUCUUUACACGUUACCUGUCGGAAUGCAAGGAUUGAAAAAGUCUUGGAUGAAGGACAGCCAUGCGAGCAAGCAGGGUUUCGAAAAGGAUUCAGCACGAUUGACCACAUUCACACUGUUUCGAAACUCAUCGAGGCAUCACGAGAGUACAAGAUGCCGCUCUGUCUCACCUUCAUCGACUUAAAAAAGGCCUUCGACUCAGUUGAGACGGAAGCGGUCAUGGAAGCGUUGGACAACCAAGGCGUCCCUACUCAGUACAUAAAGGUACUUCGAGAGUUGUACAGUAACUUUACGACCGGAAUUGCGCCAUUCUACAAGAAUAUCAUCAUUGACGUGAAGAGGGGGGUCCGACAGAGUGACACAAUCUCACCCAAAAUAUUCACAGCCACCCUCGAGAACGCAAUGCGAAAGUUGAAAUGGGACGACAUGGGAGUGAAGGUGGACGGUCGGCAGCUGCACCAUUUGCGCUUUGCUGAUGACAUCGUAUUGAUAACACCUAGCAUCAGCCAAGCGGAACGAAUGCUGACCGAAUUCGACGAAACAUGUGGAUGCAUCGGUCUUCAGCUGAAUCUGCAAAAGGCGAUGUUCAUGCGGAACGGAUGGGUCUCGAAUGCCCCAUUCACGCUCAACGGAACGAACAUAUCCUAA